AUGACAGACUCUUCAAUUUGGAACGAGGAGGUUGCUGUACCUAAGACGUUGAUCUCGUACGUCGAUCCUGGUGUUGAAGCAAACACCUACUUCUUCUUGUGCGCGUUCCAUGACAUGACAAACGAGGUUCCCGAAGUCUCCGAUUUCCCCGCUUUGGUCGCAAAACUCCACAAGAAAGGAGUGUCGCCAUCUGGAAAAUUUGGAUUCCCAGUCUCAACAUACCAGGGACGCCUUCAGCAGGAUACUACAGAAUGCGACACCUGGGAAGAAAGCUUUUCGCGAGGUAUACGACGGUUCUUCGAGCUUGGAGAAGACUCGCAGGGCUACGAGCAAGAAAUGGCAGAACUACGCGAGGCGAUCAUGGAAAAGGUAAUCCCAAGGUUAUUGCAUCCACUCGAGACAGAAGGCAGGAGUAUCUUUCCUUGUCUGAUGCAUGGCGAUCUUUGGGAUGGCAAUACAUCCGUUGAUGCUGCCAUGGGUAGUCCGGUGAUAUUCGACGCCUGCUCUUCGUACGCUCACCACGAAUGUAAGUCUCAAGUCAAAGAUGUAAUCUUUCCAAGCUGA